CAAAUAUAUUAUCUCGCCACUUGUUCUCUUCGUUGUAGCCACAAGAAUUCAAGGAUCCAGAUUUUUGAAACACACCCCACGAGCAAAAUGUUCUCAAGAAAGCAGAUAAGUAUUCUAGUGCUAGCGGUCAUUCUGUUAAUACAGUCGGCACUCGCAGUUCCCAUCACUAAUUUCAGUAAAUUCGACCUACAAAAACUUUCACUUUCCAAGCCAUCAAGGGAAAAUGUCGUUACAACUCGUACACCUGACGGUGGUAAACGCAUGAUGAUCAUUGUUCGUGCGGAUGCGGAUAUUUACGAUACACUCCCAUCUAGCGUACUGAACUUUGCACCAUUCACGAGCGUGUGGCCAUUUACCCUCAACAACAAUGAAGCAUCAGCCGUCCAGGAGGCAUCAAGGAAUAGUUCUCAGACCAAGGAAGAUACUUCUUCGGUACCGGAAGCCAUCGUUAGAGAUGUGCAGAAUAUCAUUAAAAACGUCCAAAGCACAACACAGUAUAUGAAUAUGAAGAAUGAGGGGCAUAUGGACUACAAGGGCGUUGCUUCACUCGAUUCCGAUUCUAAAACGCCCGCUGGGAUUCGUCUGAAAAUGAAGAUUCAAAGCAACUCUCACCAUAAUCCGUAUUGGGGGGCACUUAUUGACUCUCCGUAUUUCCUCAUGAGUACCGGGUUUCUCCUCUGUCUUACCAUCUUUAUCAUGCUUUCUGCGUGCUGCAACGUUGCUUUCAAAGUACGACCCACUAACAAGGGAGACAUCGUGAUAGAUUUUUGGGUUGCCAAAGACAACGAUGAUCUUCAGGGUAUAAAUUUCCUCAAAAAGAAGACUGGAACCCUUUUCAGAGCCAAUACGGUGUCAGUCUAAGAGCCAAUGUCUCAUCCCCUAAUGGACACGAGGUAACCACAAUUAAUCGUCUGCAAGGAACAGCAUAAGGUACAUUACGCGCUGAUUUAAGCAGUAGCAAGAUGUCAGUCGCAGAUCUUCUCGAUAUAUAUCAAACCACAAACAAGAACGCCUUCAGGAGAGCAUCCAUCAUCCAGCAAAGCACACAAGAGUUAAAGGAACUCUUAAGUGCUAGCGUACAUACUCCUUAAGAUACUGCGGUUGAAAUUUACCACAACCAGACAAACCUGCGUCGAGACUGCGCUUCCGACAUGUAUACUUUCAAACAUCCUGAGACGGAGCAGGCAGAAAGUAUUUAUUAGAUCAAUAAAACAAAAGUCAAAAUAAAUUUCAAAAUUACGAAC